AUGCUCGCAACCAAUCGGCGGCAGCGCGAUCAUUCCAACGAAUAUGACCUUUCCGAGCUGUCGCCUCGCCCCUCCUCACCUCUCCUUUCUCCCGACCACGUACGCGACUUUGGUUUCGGAGACCCUUAUGCCUAUAACGAACACGAAUCUGUCGCAACGUCGAGCAAAGGGAAAGGAAAGGCAAAGGCAGUUGCUUACGCAGAUCAGGGGGAGCAGUUCCCUCCCGUAAGCGUCGUGGAUCGGAUGCGCAUGUACCGUGAGAGCCAAACAGUUGCCAGAGCCCACGAACGACAGACCUUGGACGAAGCCAGGAGAACGGGUAAAGGGCCAGUGUGGCAGCCACAUCGUCCGGCGACUUACCGAGAUGAUGAUAAGACGAUGCCUCGAUCCCAGCAAGCCAGUCCGCUGUCCGACCGCGAUAGGCCGAAAAAUCUAGGCGCGAGCUUCAUGGGGUUUCUAAACCCCUCUCCCGCCACUUCAGAUGUCGGUUCUGCCGGAGACAUGGACAUUACGUUUCGAACCAUCCGGCGCCGUGAAAAACAGAUUCAGAAGGAGCUACAGAGACUCCUAGAUGCCCAAGCCGAAGCUCUAGAUCAAGGAGAUGCUGCUACCGGCCCUGGCAGCGAGGGCGAAGAUCGCGCCAACGAUCCCCAUGGAACGCCCCGCGCAUUGUCUUCCCCAUAUCGCUCCCGGAGCGUGUCUUCGUACGAAGGCUCGCCUGCCCCUGCAGUGGUACCCGUUCGGCAGCCAAAGCCGAAACCUCUGACCAUACGACAAGUUCGAGCCUCGAUUGCGCGCUCGAUGGCCAUGCUCUCAGACUUAAAAGAAGAGGAGGAUGCAUACAUAGCUUCGGCUAUCUCCAGCCGCAAGGUUGCCCUUGCCCGGGCAAAUAAACUCUCUAAUCAGCACAAGGCCAUUGCUGCCGAACUGCAAGCACUAGAGUCAGAUGAUCCACUUCGAAAGGAACUCGAUGGAAUGAAUCAGGAAUAUGGCCAGAUUUGCGGGAAUAUAGACGAGUUGGAGGGCCAGCUGCGAGCCAUGAAGCAUCGCAAGCGUGUAUUAGAAGCGCGCAUGGAAGAGGUGCGAAGCGAACGUGAAAGUGGGCUGAGCGGCUAUAGGGGCGCAUUGAGAGAGGCGGAAAGAAAUAUUGGCCAGAUGAUGAGAAUGCCGGGUGUCAAGGUACUUUCCCUCGAGGACACUGCCGAAGUCACGGAACCCGGAAGCCCCAACAGCACGAUCAAAGAAGGAGAUCUUGAACGGGCCCUGAAUGGCCAUGAGUUCCUGCGCAUGCGGCCUGAACGACGUACUAUAGCUAUGGCCAAGGAGUGGUGGGAGGGCGAAAUAACGCUUCUGGACCACCGCAAGUUGGCGGUGGACAAGGAGCGGGAUGCGCUAUCCGAGGGCUCCGAGGUCUGGGCCGAAAUAAUGCAGCUUAUCUUGGACUAUGAGAGAAGACUGAGGGCUGCUCUCAGUGAGUCCAUUCAGGUACGUCCGGGGAGAGGCAAAGAGCUUGAGGGGGACCUCUUUCGUGGUCAAUACGAGGACCUUCGACGGACAACCAAAGAACUGGAAAGGAACCUGCAAUUUGUCGAGCAGAAGGGCUAUAACUUGUUGGUGGCUGCCAUUGGAGCCGAGCUCGAGGCUUUUGCAGAGGGCGAGAACAUUUUAGCGGGCUUGAUGCGAGCUAAAGGAUAUGAGUUGCCCCGGGAGUCUGACUUGGUGAAUGUCGAUAAGAAUAUUGAACAUGACCGGCAUGAAAGCCGUGAUAUCAACGACAAUUCGGCCAAGAACACUGGUUUCCAGCUCCAGGAGGAUCAAGACCUUUCUGGCAGUGUCGUCCGGCGGUGGGGUGGUCAGUCAGAAACUACUCACGCUGAGGAAGAAACCGUUGAUGGUCGGCAGAACGAGAAUCCCCGAGACAUGGCUGGUGAAAGCCAUGAUGGUAGAGACGAGAGCGACAAUGAAGUCCCUGCCGAUCUCCUCGUGAGCACAGCCCACGCAGAUGAGAGCGAGGACGAGCAUUUGAACGAAGUGCCAAACGAGUUCUUAUCCGUGCACAGCUCAUCGUUGGAGGCGAAAGCGCAGCAUUUCGAAGAAGACGAGGAGUCGCAUGAGAACGAGGUUCCUCCAGAAUUACUUAACGAAGUCACAAACAGCCACAAAGAAGAUGGAGUGGAUUAG